ACCGAUCCAUAAACCCUGGGAAAUACUCUGAUGAUGAAGUCGCUGGGAUUCUUGGCUGUGCUUUCAGCACUUGCAGCAACAGGUUAUUCCAUCACAUGUAAAAGUUGUUGGCAAUUCGCUACAGCCUGCACUUCUCCUACAGUGAGCUGUCCUGCGGGAAAUGUCUGUGUUUCUUCAUACUCUGUAGUUCAAACAGUGACUUCAAGCACACCACAGAUACAGUACUCCAUAUCAUGCGGAUUGAGGGAUCAUUGUAAUAUAACUGGAAGUAUGACCUUUAUAUAUGGCACUGUAAGGACGGGAACUUCGUGUUGUGAUACAGAUGACUGCACCCCACCUACUCCUAUAUUGCCAGCUCUCAGCUCACAGAAGAAUGGCCUGACCUGUCGAACCUGCUAUUCUGACAAAUCCGACUAUUGCUACAAUGGAGACACUUUGCAAUGCAAUGGAGAAGAGACCAAGUGCGGCCUUAUGUCAAGAAAGUUAACAGGAACAAUAAACCUAAAUGAAGCCAUUCGUGGUUGUUCCACCAAAAGCUUCUGUGAUGUACUCGGCCCCCAAUCGGCUUCUAUCAGUGGGUUAAAUGUUGACGCAAAGAUGUACUGCAGCGAUGGAGCGGUUGGUCUAAAUUCUGGCAUCUUGUAUUCCAUAUUUGCUACCCUGUUGGCAAAAUUGCUGCUUUAGAAAAUGUAUAAAAUGAAUAAAACUACAGGUCCAUGAUUAUUUUUAUAUUUUGAAAUGAUCAGGGCAGAUGUACUAAGCCUGGAGAAGUGAUAAAGCAGUGAUAAGUGGAAGGUGAUAACUGUCAAUUUACAUAUUGGAGCUGAUUGGCUGGUCUGUUAUCACCUUGCACUUAUCACUGCUUUAUCACUUCUCCAGGCUUCAUAAAUCUGCCCCAAUGGGCAAAUUCACACUUUAUUAUUAAUAAUUUAUAUUCCCUAAGGAACCCACACAUUUCACUUCUUUAUAUAAAGUCUACCACAAAUGUACUGGGCUUUGGACAUUUCAAUAUUUACACCGUUAUAUUACGGUAUGUAAUAGUUUCCCUUGACAAUCUAGUUCAUAAGACACUAGCAUGGGUUUUUUAAUACAGUAUGUCAAAAUAUAGAACAAAUG